GCAAGUUUGUGCAGGUGUCACUUAGUGCAGCACAGAGAUGCUGGAGCCAAGGUGGAAAGUUGGGUGUUCGUUAGUGUCUGGGCUGUUUGGCUGGGCUACUACCCGUUAAGAGUGAUUUCUGUUCUCCCUUGGGGAGCACCUGGGAAGCUGCCCUCUGGCUCCUCCUGGUGUGCCCACCUUAGAGAAGUGCUUUUUGGUGCCUUGGCAAAGCAGAGCACAGUGAAGCUGCUUCUCUCGGGAGCAGCACGUAGCUCCUUCCGUGCUGAAGGAGGUGCUGGCACCCAGAUCAGCCUUUUCCACAGUGGCGCUGGGGCACUUCAUGUGUCUGCAGCACCCUGCCUAUGCGCCAGUUUGGGAGUCCUUGGUUUAUUCACUUAAUCGUUUUCUGUCUCCAGGGGUGAAAGAUGGAAGCUGGACUGUACUGCAGCUUGUGGAAGCCCUUGGGUCUUGUCUGGAGAACACAGAUCCUCGGACGCGAGGGCGAGGCAUCCAACUGCUGUCGCAAGUCCUGCUCCAGUGUUAUUCCCUGCUCCAGGAGAAGGAAGUGCUGCAUCUGGUCCUGUUCUAUGAGAACCGACUGCAAGAUCAUCACCUCGUGAUCCCCUCAGUGCUCCAGGGACUCAGAGCGCUGAGUAUGUGUGAGGUGCUGGCCCCGGGGCUAGCAGUGUCCGUGCUCAAAGCCAUCUUCCAGGAGGUACAUGUGCAGUCCCUGCUGCAGCUGGACCGUCACACAGUCUACAGCAUCAUCACCAACUUCAUGGGCACCAGAGAGGAAGAGCUGAAGGGCCUGGGCGCUGACUUCACCUUUGGCUUCAUCCAGGUGAUGGACGGGGAGAAGGAUCCCCGCAACCUACUGGUGGCCUUCCAGAUCGUGCGUGAUCUCAUUGUCAAGAACUACGCCCUGGGUCCCUUUGUGGAGGAGCUGUUUGAAGUGACGUCCUGCUACUUCCCCAUUGAUUUUACUCCACCCCCUAAUGACCCUCAUGGCAUCCAGAGAGAAGACCUAAUCCUGAGCCUCCGGGCCGUACUGGUCUCCACACCCCUGUUUGCUGAGUUUCUACUCCCUCUACUCAUUGAGAAGAUGGACUCGGACCUGCAAAGUGCCAAGCUUGACUCCCUGCAGACGCUGACAGCCUGCUGUGCCAUCUAUGGGCAGAAGGAGCUGCAGGAAUUCCUCCCCAGUCUCUGGUCGUCCCUGCGCAGGGAGGUGUUCCAGACGGCGAGUGAGAAGGUUGAGGCGGAGUGCCUGACCGCGCUGCAUGCUCUCUCUGCCUGCCUCUCCUGCUCCGUUCUCAGCUCCGACACCGAGGACCUGCUGGACUCCUUCCUCAGCAGUGUCCUGCAAGAUUGCAGGCACCAUCUGUGCGAGCCCGACAUGAAGCUGGUGUGGCCGAGUGCCAAGCUCCUGCAGGCAGCAGCGGGUGCCUCCCUCCGCACCUGCCACCGCAUCACCUGCAGCGUUGUGCCCCUGCUGCUGGAGCAGUACACCAAGCACCCGCAGAGCAGCCAGAGAAGGACAAUCCUGGAAAUGCUGCUCGGCUUCCUGGAGUUGCAGCAGAAAUGGGGACAUGUGGAAGAAGAUGAGAGUGCUCUGCUGUCGCUUCGAGCCCCAGUCUGCUCUGUGGUGUUCUCAGCAAUGACAGACCCCAGCGUGCAGCUGCAGUUGGUGGGAAUCAGGGCCCUGACUGUCCUGGGCUCACUGCAAGGCUUCCUGUCUCCUCCUGACCUGGAGCUGGUCGUGGAUCACCUCCUGCGGCUCAUUCUGCACGAGGAGGAUUCCCAGAGCAGUGAAGCAGCAAUGGAGGCAGCUGGAUCCCUGGCCCCGCUCUAUCCACAGGUUUUCUCUGGGAAGAUGGUACCAAGGCUUGGAGAGGAGCUGCGGUCAGAGCGGGAAGAGGAGGGCUCCCGUGCCCCACGUUGCCUGCAGCAGCGCUGCCUGCAGGCCCUGGCAGCUGUUUCCACGCACACCAGCAUCGUGAGGGAGACGGUCCCUGCUCUGCUGCAGCACCUCCGGCAGGUGCAGAAAGGGAGUGAGGCCAGGAACGCCCAAGACGUGGUCUCUGUGUGCCAGAGCCUCCACCGUGUGGCCCUGCAGUGCCAGCAGGAUGCAGAGAGUUGCUGGUACUACCACCAAACGGUGGUGCCCUGCCUGCUGGCCCUGGCUGUGCAGGCUGCCAUGCAAGAGAGCACCCACCUGCCGCUGGGCAAGGCACUGCUAGAGGAGGAGGCCCUGGCUGCCAUGGUCCCUGUCAUCAGCGCUGCCAGCACUCAUCUGAGCCCUGAACUGGCCGCCCAGAGUGUGUCUCAUGUGGUGCCCCUCUUCCUGGAUGGAGAGGUCUCCUUCCUGCCCCAGAACAGUUUUCCUUGCUCCUUCCGGCCCUUUGAGGGUGGGGAGCGCUUGGAAGCACAAAGACGCCUUGUUGCUCUCCUCAUGGCCUUCGUCUGCUCCUUGCCCCGCAACGUAAGCCAAAGGCUCCUCCGGGAGCUGCUAGCCCUGAGCUGCUCCUGCAACUGCCCCUUCACAGCCACCACGGCAGCCAAAUGCUUUGCAGGGCUGGUGAAUAAGCACCCGGCAGGGCAGCAGCUGGAUGAGAUCCUGCAGCUGGCAGUGAACAGGAUGGAGCCUGGCCUUGUGGAGGGGCCCCACCGAACGCAGGCACUCACCCUGCUGCUCUGGGUGACCAAAGCCCUAGUGCUGCGCUACCACCCCCUGAGCUCCCACCUGACAGACAAGCUGCUGGGCCUGCUGGGUGACGCGGAGCUGGGCCCCGCCGCGGCCGACGGCUUCUCCCUGCUCAUGGCCGACUCCCCAGAUGUGCUGCACAAGGGCUGCCACGCCGACGUGCGCCUCAUGUUCCGCCAGCGCUUCUUCACUGACAACGUGCCCAAGCUGGUGCAGGGCUUCCACGGGGCUGGCCCCGAUGUGAAGGCCAAUUACCUGAAGGGCCUGUCCCAUGUGCUCAACCAUCUCCCCAAGCCAGUGCUGGUGACAGAGCUGCCCACGCUCCUCUCCCUGCUGCUCGAGGCCUUGUCCUGCUCGGACCGUGUAGUGCAGCUCUCCACACUGAGCUGCCUCCAGCCGCUGCUGCUUGAAGCCCCCCAGAUCAUGAGCCUGCACGUCGACACACUGGUCAGCAAGUUCCUCAGCCUUGCCUCCAGCCCCACCAUGGCUGUCCGCAUUGCUGCCCUGCGCUGUGCCCACGCGCUCACCAGCCUGCCCACCGCAGUGCUGCUCCCAUACAAGGCACGGGUCAUCCGGGCGCUGGCCAAGCCUUUAGAUGACAAGAAGAGGCUGGUGCGGAAGGAGGCAGUGGCAGCACGGGGGGAGUGGUUCUUGCUGGGGAGCCCAGGCAGGUGAGCACCCUGCAUCUCCUCCCUGUGCUGACUGACAAUCUAACCAGGACCCCACUAACCUGCCAAGCUCUUUGACUGCUGCCACAGACAGACCCAGCCUCCCUCGGGGCCCAGCACUGCCGUGGGGGCCAGCAGGCAGCACUGCGGCCCCUUCCCGACACCCCCUGCUCUUCCCUGCGCCUGCAGGGGGGAAGAAGCUGUGCUGCCUGGGGCCUGCCCAGCCCCUGCUGCAGC